AUGGCGGCGGCCAUGGAGUGCUGGUCAGGGAGGCCGAGUACAGACGAGGACAUGGUGGAGCAGGUCCUCAUGAAGAACCAGGACCGCUCGGAGGCGUACCCUUCCACAGAACCGGUCGCCGGCGUCGGCGGCGCCGCCGCCCCGAAGAGGAGGAACCGACUGGGCCGCAACCUCGCCGGUGCCAUCGCCGCCCUGAAGAGCUCUCUCAACCUCGAAGCGGUGGGGAAGGAGAAGGCCUCGUGGGGGAGCAUCGUCCGUAAUCUCACCCAGCUCUACCCCGGCAGCCAGCUCCCCGAGAAGGUCAUCGCCGACAUCCGCCGCCACUACGAGUGCCUCCCUUCCAGGUAAAUUUCUGAUCCCCGAGGUGAGACCAUGGAAGAUUUUGGAUGCGUUUUUCCGACUGGGUUUCUCUCCGGUGGCAGCUACGCGCAGGCGGAGCACGACAUCAAGGAGGUGCUCCUGCACUCCCGCUUGAUCGAGCAGGCGGCGGCGGAGGACCAUCCGGCGGUGCACGUCCAGGCGGUGGCGCCGGAGAACCUCGGCGAGGGGAAGGGGACGACGACCCUCUUCAAGCUCACCUUCGUCUCCCAUUCCCCGAUCUCCUGGCCGGCCAUCGCCGACUCCCUCGACGCCUCCUCCAUGCUCUGCAAGAAGGUUCAGAUCUUCGAGAAGAAGGGGCUCACCCUCGGCAUUGCCCUUCUCCUGGUCCACUCUGUCAGUGACAAGGCCUUCAAGACCCGGGCCGAGGCGGCGCUGCGUUCCGCGGUCAAGAAGCCCGCCCCGAGGAGCGGCGGCGGCGCCGUCAAGCUCUCCUUCGGUCUCUGCGGCUGCAAGGACCGGGAAGCCGCCGGCGUUAGGGAAGACGACUCCGAGUUCACCGGCGGCGGCGGGGAGUGGAGACGGCCGGAGAGAAUCUCCUCCUUCGUGGUCGCCGUCGACGAACGGCAGGCCCUCAGAUUGGGCGCCAGCGAGAUGGGAAGGUGGCUGCUCUCCCCGGAGGAGGUGGAGAUCGCCGACCGGACAGGACCCAACUCCUUCACCGGCACCUGCAGAGGAAGGAAGGUGUGGAUCAAGAAGCUGAGGGGCUGCGAGAGGGGCACCGCCUACGAGGUCCAGCUCCGGCGAGACCUGCUGGAGCUGAUGAGCAGCGGCCACCCGAACGUCCUCCAUCUCCACGGCCUCUGCGUCGACCAGACACACGGGCUCUGCCUCGUGACGAAGGCCAUGGACGGUGGCUCCGUCCACAACCUGUUGCAGAGUCGCCGGAAGAGAAUCCCCACCGGCGAGCUCAUGCGGAUCGCCGCCGGCGUGGCGGAGGGGCUCAGGUUCGUCAACGAUCACGGCGUUUGCUUCAGAGACCUGAACACGCAGAGGAUCCUCCUGGACAAGCAGGGGAACUCCUGUUUGGGAAACAUGGGCGUGGUCUCCGUCUGCAAGAGCACCGGAGAGGUCGCCGACUAUGAGACCGCCGGCUACCAGUGGCUGGCCCCGGAGGUCAUCGCCGGCGACCCGGAGACAGUGAUGGAGACCUGGAUGAGCAACGUGUACAGCUUCGGCAUGGUGCUGUGGGAGAUGGUGACCGGAGAGGCGGCCUACUCCUCCUACUCGCCGGUGCAGGCGGCGGUAGGAAUCGCCGCCUGUGGGUUGAGGCCGGAGAUACCCAGAGAUUGCCCGCCGGUGCUGAGGUCGUUAAUGGUCAAGUGCUGGAACAGCUCCCCUUCCCGGAGACCUCCAUUCUCUGAAAUCCUUACCAUUCUCUCCUCUCAGGCGACCAGGUGA